AUGGAAGAGAUGGAAGAAGAGUUAAAAUGCCCCGUGUGCGGGUCCUUCUAUCGGGAGCCCAUCAUCCUGCCCUGCUCCCACAAUUUAUGUCAGGCGUGCGCUCGCAACAUCCUGGUGCAAACCCCGGAGUCCGAGUCCCCCCAGAGCCGUCGGGCCUCGGGCUCCGGGGUCUCCGACUAUGACUACCUGGAUCUGGACAAGAUGAGCCUGUACAGCGAAGCGGACAGCGGCUAUGGCUCUUAUGGGGGUUUUGCCAGCGCCCCCACUACUCCGUGCCAGAAGUCCCCCAACGGAGUCCGCGUGUUCCCCCCGGCUAUGCCGCCACCGGCCACCCACCUGUCACCGGCCUUGGCCCCGGUGCCCCGCAACUCCUGUAUCACCUGCCCCCAGUGCCACCGCAGUCUCAUCCUGGAUGACCGGGGUCUCCGUGGCUUCCCCAAGAACCGCGUCCUGGAAGGGGUAAUUGACCGCUACCAGCAGAGCAAAGCCGCGGCCCUCAAGUGCCAGCUCUGCGAGAAGGCGCCCAAGGAGGCCACCGUCAUGUGCGAACAGUGCGAUGUCUUCUACUGCGAUCCGUGCCGCCUUCGCUGCCAUCCGCCCCGGGGCCCCCUAGCCAAGCACCGCCUGGUGCCUCCGGCCCAGGGCCGCGUGAGCCGGCGGCUGAGCCCGCGCAAGGUCUCCACCUGCACAGACCACGAGCUGGAGAACCACAGCAUGUACUGCGUGCAGUGCAAGAUGCCCGUGUGCUAUCAGUGCUUGGAGGAAGGCAAACACUCCAGCCACGAAGUCAAGGCUCUGGGGGCCAUGUGGAAACUGCACAAGAGCCAGCUGUCCCAGGCGCUGAACGGGCUGUCGGACAGGGCCAAAGAAGCCAAGGAGUUCCUGGUGCAGCUCCGCAACAUGGUCCAGCAGAUCCAGGAGAACAGUGUGGAGUUUGAGGCCUGCCUGGUGGCCCAGUGUGAUGCCCUCAUCGAUGCCCUCAACAGGAGGAAAGCCCAGCUGCUUGCACGCGUCAACAAGGAGCAUGAGCACAAGCUGAAGGUGGUUCGAGACCAGAUCUCUCACUGCACAGUGAAAUUGCGCCAGACCACGGGUCUCAUGGAGUACUGCCUGGAGGUGAUAAAGGAAAAUGAUCCUAGUGGCUUUUUGCAGAUUUCUGACGCCCUCAUAAGGAGAGUGCACCUGACUGAGGACCAGUGGGGGAAAGGCACGCUCACUCCCAGGAUGACCACAGACUUCGACUUGAGUCUGGACAACAGCCCUCUGCUGCAGUCCAUUCACCAGCUCGACUUCGUGCAGAUGAAAGCUUCCUCUCCAGUCCCAGCGACCCCCAUCCUCCAGCUGGAGGAGUGCUGCACCCACAACAACAGCGCCACGCUGUCCUGGAAGCAGCCGCCUCUGUCCACGGUGCCCGCUGAGGGAUACAUUCUGGAGCUGGAUGAUGGCAAUGGUGGUCAGUUCCGGGAAGUGUAUGUCGGAAAGGAGACCAUGUGCACCGUGGAUGGUCUUCACUUCAACAGCACGUACAACGCUCGCGUCAAGGCCUUCAACAAAACAGGAGUCAGCCAGUACAGCAAGACCCUGGUCCUCCAGACGUCCGAGGUGGCCUGGUUUGCUUUUGACCCCGGCUCAGCACACUCGGACAUCAUCUUCUCCAACGACAACCUGACUGUGACCUGCAGCAGCUACGAUGACCGGGUGGUACUGGGGAAGACCGGCUUCUCCAAGGGGGUCCACUACUGGGAGAUAACGGUGGACCGCUACGACAACCACCCCGACCCUGCCUUUGGCGUGGCUCGCAUCGACGUGAUGAAGGAUGUGAUGUUAGGAAAGGACGACAAAGCGUGGGCAAUGUACGUGGACAAUAACCGGAGCUGGUUCAUGCACAACAACUCGCACACCAACAGAACUGAGGGAGGGAUCGCAAAAGGGGCCACCAUCGGGGUCCUCCUCGACUUAAACAGGAAAACCUUGACAUUUUUUGUCAACGACGAACAGCAAGGGCCCAUCGCCUUCGAGAACAUGGAGGGCCUCUUCUUCCCGGCCGUGAGCCUGAACAGGAACGUGCAGGUCACACUUCACACCGGGCUCCCAGUCCCUGACUUCUACUCCAGCAGAGCAUCAAUAGCCUAA